ACUUUAUCAUUUUAAUUAAAUUCUUUAUUUAUUAUUUUCUUUUUCUUUCCUUUUUCUUUUAAAAAUAAAAUAAAAUAAAAUAAUUUUAAAAAUGCAACCAACCUACAGCUUUCAUUCGAAUCGGAAAUCCAAUAGUGUAUCUGUGUGUGUAUUCGAAAACUCAAUCUGAAAAUUCCAAUUUCCAAUUCGCUUUUUUGGAGUUCAAGAAGGAAUCAGAUACAAAGGUUUUCGAUUUUCGAGUCAAGCAAAUUUUGAAACAUCAACACACACCCACACACCAAAUCAUCAUCAUCAUCAUCAUCAUCAUCAUCUUCAUCAUCAUCAUAGUGAAGUAAAAUAGAUGACCGUCGCUGAAAGGUUGUUUUGAUUCAAUCAAACAAUUUCAUUCAACUCAUUUUCUCCAACUCUCUGAAACAUUCAUUGCAUUCAUUGCCGCAAUCAAGUUUCAGGUGGGAAAAUCGGUCGUAGAUUUAGGGUUAGGUUGAUUGUUUUUGUUCUCAAAUUCUCAAAGAAGAGGAGGAAGAGGAAGAGGAAGACUAGGUUUACGGGUUAGGGUUUUGGUUUUGCGUUUUUCUUGAAAAAUGACUGACGUGAUACUGCAUAUAUACGACGUUACGAAUAGCGGAUCAGAUAAGACCAAUAAUACAAUUGUUAAUAUCAACAAGAUCUUCAAGGAUGGAAUUGGUCUAGGCGGUAUCUUCCAUAGCGCUGUUCAGGUUUAUGGAGAUGAUGAAUGGUCCUUCGGGUUUUGUGAGCAAGGAACUGGAGUUUUCAGUUGCCCCUCUGGACAGAAUCCAAUGUACACAUAUCGUGAAAGUAUUAACCUUGGUAGAACAAACUGUUCAAUUUUCAAGGUGAACCAGAUUUUAAGAGAGCUUAGUAGAGAGUGGCCUGGAAGUUCUUAUGACUUACUAUCAAGGAACUGUAACCACUUUUGUGAUCAGUUCUGUGAGAUGCUUAAUGUAUCAAAGCUUCCAGGUUGGGUUAAUCGGUUUGCCAAUGCUGGUGAUGCUGCAUUGGAAGUAGCUGGAAACACUGCAGUUCGUUUCAAACAAGCAAAGACAGAGAUCAUAUCGGCCAGCAAAGUUGCAUACCGUUUUCUUCUAGGGGCAACGAACAACGUCAUAUCUUCUCCAGAGUCUACUAGUAAUUCAAAUAGAGGAGGUACUCCUAGAUUUCAAGCUGCAUGGUUUAAGAAUCUCAUCACUACUGGUGCCAAACCAUCGAGUAGUUCAGAAAUAGGAAAUCAAGUUGAAGGUACACAGCAGCAGCAGCAGCAACAAAUCAAAGCAAAUGAAGAGACACCAAUAUUGCUCAAUUCGCGAUCACAACAUGAUAUGUGAAAGUGCAUGUUGUUGUUCUGGAAUAUUGUUAGGUACAAGUGGAAGUCGUGUUGAUGAACUUAGGUUUAUUUGUUUGAUUAAGUGUAAAAUUUGAUUUUUAUUACUGGAAAAAUAUAUUGAUUUGUGUGCGUUUAGGGCACUGUCCCUUUGUUUUGCAUCCGAUGGUACUCUGCAGAAUCCUACAAAGUCAUUGCAUAGGAAGUGGGCGAAAAGGUGUAAGGUUUGAUCUUUUUCUAUAUAGAAUUAGAUAAUGCGACCAUUUCAUGGUUUGUCUAUUUUGCUUGAA